AUGAAUAAAAAUCAUUUUGAACUUGAUCUUAAUCAACUUCGAGAUCCAUCUAGAAUCUUUGAAUUGAUCAAAGUUGUUGAGAAUGGAAGAUAUGAACAAGUUUAUAAAGAUCGUCUUACAAAAACAAGUCAAUUGGUUUCAAUUAAAGUUAUGGAUGUUACAGAAGGUCAAGGAGAAGAAAUCAAAUCAGACGUUAAUAUUUUUAAAAAAGUUGGAAAUUAA